AUGCAGUCGUCUCUUCCCGCCCACACCUCCCUUUCUGCCGUCCAAUCGGCCGCUCCCACUUCGUCCAGUGGCCUGCCUCCACUCCCUGGGGGAUUUUCCCAGGGACCUUCCUCUGGUUCUCAACCCCAGGCCUCGAUACAGUCACAAUCGGUACAAGGGCAGGCCAUGCAGGGAGGGAUCCCUGGACAGGGGAUGCAGGGUCAGGGAAUGCAGGGGCAGGGUUUGCAAGGGCAGCAGCAGCAGCAGCCGCAGCAGCCUGUGGCACAGCAACCCACGGUAACCGGAGGGCAGGUGCUGACGGGUUCAGGCGUAGCAGAAGCAGCACCACCGCCACCAUCAGCCGUUGGAGGGGGCUCCGUCCCUGCGUCUCCUGCAGUGCGCACAGCCUCGGGAGGAGGUUCGGUGCAGCGUGCCGGACCUAGCUCGCUGCUUCGGCAAGGGUCCGGGGUGGGAGGUGCUCCCCAGCUAGUGCAGUCCGUGCCUUCGUCUCCUCAGGUGGGAUUCGAAGUAGCUUCUAGCGCGGAUAGCUUUCCCACCCAGCAGGGUCAGCUAAGCCAGCAGCAGCAGGGGCAAGGGCAGGCGCAGGGUCAGGGGCAGGGUCAGGGGCAGGGUCAGGGGCAGGGUCAGGGGCAGGGGCAGCAGGGUCGGAUGGCGAGAGUGGGUAGCUGGAAUGACCUGACGCAGCAAAGUGGGGCAGCAGGGGCUGCGGGAUCAGUAGCAGGGGCGGGCAUGCCAGGGGCGGGAGUGGGAGGAGGAGCAGGUGUGGGAGACGUGAGUCAACCCAUGCCCAUGGACGUCCUCCCCCCUGUAGCACCUGCUGUAGCAGCUCAGCCAGCAGACGAAGGCCCGCUGCUAGGCGCCAUUCCUCGCCGCAUACUGCCUGCUGUAGCUGCAGCAUCAGGGGACGGCGCAGGGGGGUGCGCCAGUGGCACUGGCUCCUACUCCGCCUGUGAUUUCCGCAGCUCGGUUCCUCCUCAGGUGCUCUCCUCGCCCCACGUGAUACCCUCCGUGCCCAGCUCGCCCCAACGCCCGGCUUCGCUUCUUGCCGGCGCUACUGGGGCUGCGGCGCCGGCUGUAGCAGCUGCUUCAGCUGCAGUAGCCGCGUCAGCAGCAGCAGCUGGUGUUGACGUGGAUAGAUGCAUCCUCGUGCCAGGCUCGGGGAUGAUAGUCGGCCUGAGCGGUCUCGAAGGCACGCCCCCCCGUGUGGAUAUGGUAGAGCCGCUGGCGCUGCGGAUGGUUCGAGAGGCGGGAGCAGAGGUGAAGGCAGAAGAGUAUGGGCUCUUUGAUCAUUCCCAUGGGGCACACGGGGGUGCAAACGGGCAUGUGAGCGGUCACGGGGCCGGGCUAGGUGGUGGUGGCGGUGGCGGCGGCGGUGGUGGUAUAGGGAGUCUCGAGGAGGAGGAUGAGGAGGAAAUGGAUGAGAUGGAUGAUGAGGGGGAUGAGGAGGAGGAGGAGCACCUUCAGCUGCACCAUCAGGGUCAGAUUCCCCAGUCUCAUCCCCACCACCGCUCGUACCCGCCGCACUUGCUCCUCCACCCGUCACACCCCGCCCACCCUUACCAGCAGAUGCAGCACCUGCCGCCACACUUCCCCUACUUUCAUCCAAGAAAUGGCGUUACAGGGCAUGCGAUGGGGCUCUCUUCUGUCUCCUCCCUCGCCUCCUCCUCUAUUCCGUCUGCGUCAGCCGCUGCAACUACUGCUGCUGCUGCGGCUGCUGCUGCUAGUGCUGCUGGUGGUGGUGGUUCGACUGGUGGUGCCCCUCUCGUGGCUACUGCACCUGUGUCUGCUGCUGCUGCUGAUGCUGGCACUGCUGGUGCUGGUGUUGCUGGUUCGACUGGUGUUGCUGCUGCUUCUGGCGCCCCACCCAGAUGGAACCCAUCCCUCCCCCCACACGGCCAAUCUAUGCCUCCGAUCAUCCCACCCACCCCACCCACCUCUGCUUCCACUCCUGCUGCCAACGGCCCUCCCCCUCCACAGCCCCUCCCUGCCCUCAGCAACCUCCCUCGCAUCACAGGCGUUCCUGCUGCUGCCACUGCACCCAUCCCCCCCGCACCCAUCCCAACCACUCUCAACCCCAUGCUGCUCCCGCCCUCGCUACCGACCCUCGACCCCGCUGUCCUAGCCUCGGUUCUAGACUCGGACGCGCGUCAGAGGCACCUCCCCGAGCCUCCAGACACGGACAUGCAGGCGAUGCUGAAAGCUCUACCAGAGCAAGGGCAGCUGGUGAAGGCUGUUUUAGAAGCCGGGCCGCUGCUGCAGCAGCUUCUGGCAGCAGCUCCUAUUCCCCCUUGGAGGCCCUCUCUACAGCCUGCUGAUCAUCCUUCUGCUGCUGCUGCUGCGACGGCGGCAGCGGCAGCGGCGGCUGCGGCUGCUGGUGCUGGUGAUCCGGGUGCGCUGUUUGUGCGGCAGCAGGAGGCGCGAGGGGAGAGGGAGCAGCAGGAGCAGAUGCAGGGGUUGGGGCAGCAGCACCACAGCCAGCAUCACCAGCACCAGCACCAGCAGCAAUCGGCAGCAGGAGCAGCACCAGGAGGGCAGCAGGGGCAAGCAGGUGGGGGGUCGUCCCAACCAGCAUCAGAACAGCUUUCCAUGCCUGCUGGUGGUCUCCCUCCUUCCAUGGCUCCUCUGCCACAUGUCAGGCUCCCAUUCGCUCCCACCAGCGCCGCGGCCGCAGCAGCAGCAGCAGCACUCGGCGUGGGUCCCUCCCCCAUCCCUCUCCCGCACCUGACAGCCGCAGCAGCAGCUGCAGCCGCCGCAGCAGCAUCUGCUCGACCCCCUGCCUUGCCUGUUCCCGUGCCUGGCUCAUUUGGCCCGGCUGGUACUAGUAGUGCUGCAGCAGCAGCGGCGGCGGCAGGGGCGGUGGGAGCAGCAGCACACCCAGCGCUCUUCCAGUCGUACGGCCCUCCCAUUCUCGCCAACGGGCGCCUGCCCCAAUCGUCCUCAAUGUCGGCUCGAAUGAAUGGGGACAACCCAGGGCUGUUGUGA